GGUAUUGAUAUGAAAAAUUAUAGUUUCAUUCCGUAAAAACAUAUUUCUCAUAUUGUGAAGGUGUUUACAUCUAACCUCUGCUAGCAUGGCUGGAACAACAGAGCUAUUGAAAAGAUUAGACAGCGAUGGAGAACCAUUGGCCAAACGAUUAUGUUUGGCCCAGAACGCAUUUCAAUCGUCUCAGCUCCCAGUUCAAAGAAAAGAGGAAGCUGUCAUCAAUUGGUUUUGCAAAAUUGCUGGAAAGUAUAAGAAGAAAAGCAAACGAGAUAGUGUUGUUGGUUCUGACGAUGAUGUUCAGAAGUUGUGGUCCACCCUCCAAACAUGUAUUGCAAGUUCUCACAUGCAGAGACUUGGAGUUUCUGACAUCCGACCAAGUGCAAAAGCCAAUAUAGUGAAGGCAUUAUCAAAACAUUUGGAGAAAGAUUCACCACCAGCUGACCACAUAUCCUUAUUAGAAUGUGCUAUCUCUGUUUUGGAGGCUAGUAGCUUUCAGAGGUAUUUUCGCACCAAUAUUUCUUUAUGCUUUAAUUUUGUGAGCCAUAUACUUGGCUCCUUGUCUCACCUUGGUCCUGAACAAAUUACACUGUGUGUUAGAGGCGUGUCUACCAUUCAGGCUAUCAGCAGGCAAACAAUACUAAGAAAUGAAUUGUGUCUAACAUUUUUAAAUGUUGUCUUGAUGCCAUUGAUAAAAUUGCUGAAAUCCCAAGGCAGUCAGCCAUCUCCCUUGACAACAGAAAUCUACAAAUGUAUCCAACAGGUUCUUUUUCCUAAGGCAUCCUCUGAAUUUCCACAUUUUCUCAAUGAAGUUUUUAAAGAAUCAAAAAAAGUGGCCGAUCCAACAGCAAAUUUACCUUUAUCUAUAGACCAACAUCAGAUCCCAUUCAGAUUACUUGAAGUGUUAAGAGAGGCCAGGGAUUUACUUGAUGAGGAUCUGUUUGUCAGCUUAGUCAGCACUGUUUUUCGGGCUUUUGCGGCAAGCCAAAAGAGUAAUCCUGACCCAUUGAUUUUUAAAAUGACUGUAACACUGUCAUAUGUAGUUGGCUUUCAUGUGAAGAAUCCAAAGUGUCAUGGUCUCUAUGGAAGGCUGAAUGAAUCUGUUACAAAGGCUGAAAAAGAUUUGUCAGCAUUGUCAUUGAACACACUCCAUGCUAUGGCACUCGUUUUAGUACAGUGGAAAAUUCCUCUGAAUGGGGAAAUAUAUGGUUCAAGUUUUCUCAACUGGCUCCAGAUGGUUGUGGAAAGCUUAUUUCCUUGCCCUUCACGUCUUCCAGCUGGAAGUUCUUUCCUAGAACUAAUGUCAACACUUAUUAAACUUAACCCUAUGAUAGUUGAAUCAAAUGUGAAAAAUAUUUUGGCAGCAAUCACAGAAAAACCACUUACUGAUGAAGAGGAGCCUAUCUACAAAACUUUUAUAUCCAAUCUCCUUGGCAUGUACAUGAAAUUGAAUCGCAUUCCCAAUUUCACAACAAUAUUCCUGACAUCCCUUCAUGAUGGGUUUAAAAAUCAAGAUGAAUCAAAUAUUCUCAACAUGAAUCCAGGAGUCUGGCUUCCAGCCAAUGUAACAGAACAGCUAACUCAAUUUGCUACCACUAUGCCAUCCACAUCCUCAAUUGCUACCUUGUCUAUUUUUUUGGAACAAUUUAAUAGUGUUGGUGUUCAGCCUUACCUUCAAUCUUCGCAAGGAAUUGAAUUUUCUAAAAGUGGCUACAUUGACUUGUUCUUGCAAUGUGUUUGUGAACUUCUCUGCUCCUUUUUGAGUGGGGUCAGAUUGUUGGAACAAUGUACCAUCUUCCCUGCCCGCCAAGGUUACUGCAAUUUUAUGAAACAGUUGAAAGAACAUCAUAGCUCAUUUGGACGCUUACUACUGAAAGGCAAAUCACCGAAUUUAGCUAUGUUGUGCACUUUCCUUAAAAUUUCAUACCACUGGGCUGCAGAAGCGUUACUGAUCCAACAAUAUGCUGAUAUCGGCCGAGAGGAUCUAUUGGCUUCGGUAGAGACUAAUCUAAAUGAAGGAACUAAAAAUAUCUCUGGUGGGGGUAUCUUAUCGUAUCUGCAUCCUUACUUGACGAGUGAAGAAUGGAGUAAAAUAUAUGAUCUAGCUCUUCAGAGUGCAGAUGAAAACUGCAAAGAACUGCUGCUUAAGCUGGAUCUUCAACUGUUGUCAGCUCUUAGAAUGUUUGAUGCGUCUCAAUCAUCUAAACCGAAAGAAGUGGCAAAGCGAGCUUGUGAACUGCUUGUCGGGAAACUUGGUGCUGUUAAUAGUGCAAUGCUUGAUCGAUGCACUGUCUCUGACAUAAUCCUAAUGUCUCCCUUGCUUAGUGUUUCUGACCUUGUUGCCCUAUCAGACAGUAUAGCUUCUUGUCUCAUCGGCUGUAAAAAUGAGAGUUUAUUAUCUAACCUAAUCACAUUGUUAGUUGAAGAAAGAUUGGUUGCUUGUGGACUGAUUUGCUCUACAAUGACAAGUUUGAAAAGAUGUUUGAAGGUUUCCAAGCGUAAGAGAGAUGAAAUGGGAGGCAAAAUGUGGAAGAUUUCUAAAAGUGUCUUAGGAGCACUUGAUACAGAAUUGAUAAUCCAAGCAGAGGUUCAAGAACUGCCUAACUCUAAGGAAGAAUUAAACCUUUUCAUAUCCUCCAUAGCAAACAUAAUGGAGAAAGCUCUUAUUGAUAUGAAUGAAGUUUCCACAAUAAAAGAGGAGUAUGACUUGUCUAGUGUGUCAGUUCACCUUCAACUGAUGCGGUCCCUGCCUCUGGCCUAUUUAUCACCGAGCCACCAGGCUGUUCUUUUCAUUUCUUUGCUCAGUAUCGCUCUUGAUUGUUCCUCUCUUCCCUCAUCUCAUGUUAAGGAUGAAAUAAUGAAGCUAAUAUUUGAUCACCUACUUCUAGGUUUAUAUGAGAGAGGAAUGCGGGUUAGCCCAGAUUUUGCUGGACAUUUGGAUUAUGGAGUUCUAAUUAGUGGCUUGGCACAUUUUGUUGUUAAUCACAGUGUGGGUAGACGCCUGUUGGAACUGGUGCUUGGGCAUGCCCUGCGUCAUGAACAAACGCAGGAACAGGUCCUCGAAAAGGUGGCUCUACUUAAGAAGAAAGGCAAGGUUAAUGAGCCUGGAAAAGAAAAUCUUCUGGUUGGUAGUCUCAUAAUGCAAAAUCUCUGUGAAAAAAAGUUAAAAAAUGUGCGGCCUCAGAAAACCUUAGAAAAUGAUGAAGAGUCCCCUAGUGACCCUGUGGAAGUUCUGAAAAAAGCAAGGAAGAAGUUAGCUAAAUCAUUUGAAGCUCUGAUUCAAAAUAAGCUUGUUAGUCCUCAAGAGGCACUUCAUGCAUUUGCUUUAACUCUAGACUUUAAUAUCAAAUUUGGAAAAGGAAUUGACACCAUUGUGGAACACCUUGAAAGUUUUUGCUCUAGUGCUGUUUCUUUUCUUGUUAGCAAUCAAAUAUCUGAGCAAAAGGCAGCAGAAACUUUACUGUUAGUAGUUUUUAGAAAUCGCAACAAAUUGAAUGAAUCUUUACCUACUUCUCUUCUCAACGAUGUUUGGUUGCUUUUAUCUUCUUCUGUUAAACCAAGUGAAGUGCUUGUAACUGCCAUAUUUGAAUCUGCUUCUCAAGAGGAAAUGGCAUUUAUUGUCAAUGACCUCUUACAUAAAGUGGAGAAAACUGUAGCUGUUGCUGAAGAAGAAAAGGCUUCACCUGAUGUGAUGCUAUUCUGGCUUAUAUUACUUAAGUGCCAUAACUUACCUGCUGCUAAUAAUGAAGUAUGCUUGAAAGCCCUGCGGACAGUUUUUGAGCGAUUGCCAUUCAUUGAUCUUCGACAACAACAGCUACUAGAAUUUUUACAGGCUGUUCUGUCAUCAUCCAAGGUGGCAAUGGAUAUGGAAAUGAUUGAUCAGUGCAUUUCUGUGUUGCAUGAAGUUUCUCUGCCCCAAGCAACAAAGGAUUUUAUACUUCUUGCUACACAAUUCUUGUCAGUGCUAUCAGCACUGUUAUUACACAGGUCUUCUCAUACUUUAGACUGUAUUCCAAGUUUCAUGCAAAUGUUACAGUAUUUUGUGAAACAGUUGGCUAAUCAUAGCAAGCAAACAUCAGAACUGUCUCGUUCUGAUGGUGCACAACUUGCGGGUCUUGCCUUCGGCGUUGAGAAGUUGCUGUAUGCUUUAACAAAACCUGAACGCAAGAAAUCUUUCCGAAGGGUUGCUGCUUAUUUUCUUGCAGACAUCAUGACUAUAUUUGAGACUAUUACUCUGUGCUCAACUGUAAAGGUUCAUUUUCAAAACAUGGCUUAUGCUAUUCUUAGCAUUGUUGACGACUAUGCCAUCAAGUUCCUCCUUCGAAGUAUGUCAUCUGCUUCCAACGAAAUAUUUAAAACACUUCAUGAUUCUUACAAGAAGUUUCAUCGCUUCUCUGGCAAAGUUUAAAAUGAAGUUGACAAUAAAGCGCAGGUGGGACGGUGUAUUAAUCUUUAUUCCUAAAAUAAAUCUUAUUAGUUACUUAA